UGUGAUGUGGGUCUGGUCUUUAGAGCCGGUCUCAGUCAGAGAGAGUCUCAGUCUGUGAGGACAGCAGAGGAUCAUGACUUCAACCUUUCUCAGCGUCUCCCUCCUCUUCAUCGCCAGCCUCUGCACUGCAGAUGGAACGAUGGAAGUAACAGUGGGCCGUUGUGAGUUUAACUCGACUGAUCUCAAAGACAUCGAGUUCACAUACUCUCUUUACUACAACAAGCUGGAGUACGCACGCUUCAGCAGCAGUGUGGGGAAAUUUGUUGGAUACACUGAGUUCGGUGUGAAGAAUGCAGAGUUCUGGAACAACGAUCCUUCACAGCUGAAUGCUAUGAGAGCUCAGAAGGCCACAUACUGUGGACACAACAUUGGGAUCUGGUACAAAGCUGCUCUGACUAAAUCAGCUGAGCCUCACGCCCGUCUGCACUCUGAGGACCCCCCUGUUGGUGGACAUCCUGCCAUGCUGGUCUGCACCGUCUACGACUUCUACCCCAAACUGAUCAGAGUGACCUGGCUCAGGAACGGACAGGAGGUCACUGCUGGGGUCACCUCCACGGACGAGAUGGCAGACGGGGACUGGUACUACCAGGUCCACUCUCACCUGGAGUACACGCCCCAGUCUGGAGAGAAGAUCUCGUGUAAGGUGGAGCACGUCAGCCUGAAGGCACCUCUGAUUGUGGACUGGGACUCGUCCAUGCCUGAGUCUGAGAGGAACAAGAUCGCCAUCGGAGCCUCCGGUCUGAUCCUGGGUCUGAUCUUAUCCCUCGCUGGAUUCAUCUACUACAAGAGCAAGACCCGAAGAAGGAUUCUGGUCCCCACCACGGACUGAUCCUGGUCCUGAUCUGGGUCCUGGUCCUGGUCCUGGUCCUGAUCCUGGUCCUGGUCCUGGAUGCUUGUCAGAGGGACAUGAAAUCAGCUUCCUGUGUUUUCUGCUCAGCAGCCUGUCAGUGCUGCCACCUGCUGGACUGGCUGAACACCUGAUUCUUUUGUGCUCAGCUGGUCUGAACCCUGAUCUGGGUCUGUCCUGGAUCAGGGUUGGUCUAGACUCUGGAUCUGGACUGUGCUUCCUUGAAUGUGUGAUGCUUUCCUGUGUGAAUCAAUAAGUUAGAGGGUCUGUGUGUGUGAUCAGGUAGAAUCCAGCGGUGGAGGGUUUGGGACUCGUAGGUCUUGUGGUUUUCAGAUUUAUAGAUUUUUACUGGAGUGAAACUUUUUCUGACCUCAAUAAACUUUCAGAAAACC